GUUUGGUUUGGUUGCAUUCCAUCUAUCAAGUGCGCAGCUUUCGUUUGUGUCAGCUGACUGAAGUUGGACUGGACAGCGUUUGUGUCAGGUGAUUAAAGUUGGACUGGACAGCGUUUGUGUCAGCUGAUUGAAAUUGGACUGGACAGCGUUUGUGUCAGCUGAAGUUGGACUGGACAGCGAUUGCUUUUGCGUGGACACAGAUGUGUGUUUAUGUGCAGAUAAUCUUCAGCUGAUAAAAGCAGAGCAAUGGAUCUACCCAGAAGAAUCAUUAACAUAUGCAUUAAGGCUGUCUCUCUACUUUUAUUGCUGGCUGGGAUUUCUUUAAUUAUAGGUGGUGCAUUUCUGCUGCAUAAAUACAGAUCCCAUGGUCUGUUUUUUAGCAAUUUUUAUAUACUCCUCCCUGCAUUGUUGGCUGUUAUCAGUGGAGUCCUCAUCCUCAGCAGUGGAAGUUUGGGCUGUGUGUUGUCCAGCAGCGACCCCUCCUGUUGUUUACAAGCAUCGUUUGUGUAUAUUCUUAUUGUUGUGUUUUGUGCUGUGAGUACUACUGCUACAUUGGCAUCUGUUCAUACAGGCCAGCUUGAUGCAGACUUGGCUCCUCUGAAAGAUGUGUUUCAAAACUACAGUGGUAACAACCAAGAUCCUGAUACCCAUGCUGUAAAUGCCCUACAAAGUGAGUUGCAGUGUUGUGGUGUUAAGUACUACACAGACUGGUUGGAUACCCAGUGGUUUAAUCACAGUGGGAAAUAUGAAGUUCCUGUGAGCUGCUGCAAUAAGACCUUUCAUACCUGCAACGGGACUUUACACAUUCCUGCACUUCUCUGUAAUGAGGGAUGUCAGAUUAAAUUUGAAAAGCAGUUAUCGCUUAUGCUGCAUGUCAUCAUUAUAGCCUCUUUAGUGGUCAUCUUAGUACUGGUAUUUUCUUGGAUGAGUGUGGGAUAUCUAAUGAAACAUCAGCCCCUACAGGAAUAUCAAAUCCUGAAUCAAGAAUAAAUGUUUAAGAUUAAAGUGUAUGUCUUAUGUCUGUCGUUAUGAAUGCUUUAUUGUUGUUUUUAUUAUGUAUGUAUUUGUUAUAUUUCACUCCUUUUAAUAGAUCAACAAAAAUGUUUUUCACAUUACUCUUUAUGAAACCUAUGUUGUAUACAUGCAUGCACAUGGUGUAACUUUACACAAUAAAACUGACACAGAUGUCAUACUUAU